AUGGCCGAAUUCGUUCGCUCCCAGAUCUUCGGCACCACCUUCGAGAUUACCAGCCGGUACUCGGAUUUGCAGCCGGUGGGCAUGGGUGCCUUUGGCCUCGUGUGUUCGGCGCGCGACCAAUUAACCGGCCAGCCAGUCGCCGUCAAGAAGAUCAUGAAGCCAUUCAGCACUCCGGUUCUAUCGAAACGGACCUACCGAGAGCUCAAGCUUCUCAAGCACCUCCGCCAUGAAAAUAUCAUCAGUCUUAGCGACAUCUUUAUCUCUCCUCUUGAGGAUAUUUACUUUGUUACCGAGCUUCUGGGAACUGACCUCCACCGACUGCUUACCUCUCGCCCUCUUGAGAAACAAUUCAUCCAGUACUUCCUCUAUCAAAUUCUCCGUGGAUUGAAAUAUGUCCACUCCGCUGGUGUAGUCCACCGCGACUUGAAGCCCAGCAAUAUCCUGAUCAAUGAGAACUGCGACUUGAAAAUCUGCGAUUUCGGCCUCGCUCGCAUUCAAGACCCGCAAAUGACUGGCUAUGUGUCAACGCGAUACUACCGUGCGCCUGAAAUCAUGCUCACAUGGCAGAAGUACGACGUUGAGGUGGACAUCUGGAGUGCGGGCUGUAUCUUCGCCGAAAUGCUGGAGGGCAAGCCACUUUUCCCCGGAAAGGACCAUGUCAACCAAUUCUCGAUCAUCACCGAGUUACUGGGAACUCCGCCCGACGAUGUGAUCCAGACUAUCUGCAGCGAAAACACCCUGCGAUUUGUCAAGUCCCUGCCGAAGCGCGAGCGCCAACCCCUGGCGAAUAAGUUCCGAAAUGCCGAUGCCGAUGCCGUUGAUCUGCUUGAGCGGAUGUUGGUGUUCGACCCCAAGAAGCGAGUCCGGGCCGGAGAAGCGCUGGCGCAUGAAUACCUGGCCCCGUACCAUGACCCCACCGACGAGCCGGUCGCGCAAGAGAAGUUCGACUGGUCGUUCAACGAUGCCGACCUACCUGUGGAUACCUGGAAGAUCAUGAUGUACUCGGAAAUUCUCGACUUUCACAAUAUUGACCAAGGAACCGAGGCUGGCCAGGCUCUGGUCUCUGGUGGUUCCGUGCAAGGAGGCGUCUCCCAGAAUUUCGCAUGA